AUGACCAAUAGUCCCUUGGGGAGAGUACUUCUCAAUCCCGAGGCGUCCGGACGGCUGAUCAAAUGGACAACGGAGCUCAGCAAGUUCAACAUCCAAUAUCAACCCCGAACCACCAUCAAAGUACAGUUCUUGGCGGAUUUCAUCACCGUGAUACAGAACCCGGAGCCAGAAGUCGUGUGGAGGAUAUAUGUGGAAGGUUCGACCACUCAACAGGGGAGUGGCAUCGGCAUACUACUCAUCUCUCCGAAAGAAGAUCGGAUGCAAUUGGCCAUUUGGCUAGACUACAGGGCCACCAACAAUGAAGCUAAGCACGAGGCACUAAUAGCUGACUUAAAGGUCGCUCGACACGUCGGAGUAGUCAAAGUCUUGAUCAACUCGGAUUCUCAGUUGGCCGCUCAACAGUUGUCCAGAGCGUUCAAAAUAAAUAACGUCAGACUCAAGCUCUACGCAGAGGUCUUUGAAAAACUGAAGUCCAACUUUCAAGAGGUUGUCAUACAGAAGAUCCUCCGAUCGGAAAAUCAGGCUGCAGAUGAAUUGGCCAAGUUAACCAAUUCACUGUCGUCGAUCAUCAUAGAUCAGCCGAUCGAGCAAGUAUCACUGGUGGCCCACAUCGACCGUAUGGAGGGAAUCACCUUUCCAAACGAUUGGAGGACGGGCUUAACAGAAUUCUUGCGUUUGGGAAGUAUGUCUACCGAUCCAGAGGAUGCUCGCCUGAUGAAGAAGAGAGUCGGUCGGUUCACCCUGAUCGACAAUCAGCUCUAUAAGAAGGCCUUCGCCCGACCCCUACUCAAAUGCGUCGGAUCAGAAGACGCCGACUACAUAUUACAAGAAGUGCACCAGGGAUCCUAUGGAGGACAUUCGGGUGGUCGAUCAUUGACAACGAAGAUACUACUGGCCGGAUAUUUCUGGCCAACCCUCCAGCAGGACGCCGCUCGGACGGUGGCCACGUGCCUGUCAUGUCAAAAUUAUUAUAACAUCUCACACCGACCCACCGAGGAGAUGAAGGCAUCCAUAGUCUCCAUGUUUGACCAAUGGGGCAUGUGUUAG